ACUGAGCGCCCGCUGACCGACAACGAGGUGUUUGUGUCAUAUCUGGCGAGUCCUAUAAACCCGGCGGACAUUAACACAAUCCAAGGCGUCUAUGCAGUCAAACCCAAACUCCCGGCCAUCGGUGGUAACGAAGGAGUGGCUAAAGUUGUGUCCGUCGGGUCGGCUGUGACUGCCGUCAAAGUAGGCGAUCACGUGAUCCCCAGCGCGUCGUCGAGCGGCACGUGGAGGACGUACGCCAUUAUGGAGGACAAGAAUCUCAUUGUAAUUGAUCCCAAGAUUGAUGUGUUAGCGGCCGCUCAGUUAACUGUCAAUCCGUGUACAGCCUAUCGGAUGCUCAAGGAUUUCAUACCCGUUGCCAAAGGCGAAACUGUGAUCCAAAACGGCGCCAACAGUGCUGUCGGCGUGAAUGUGAUUCAAUUGGCCAAAGAGUGGGGAAUCAAUACGAUUAAUGUUGUGCGACAACGACCCGAUCUCGACCAACUCAAGCACGAGUUGCUCGCUUUGGGCGCCACUCAUGUGAUCACUGAAGAAGAAUUGCGACAGAAAGAUGUGAUGGACGGAGUGUUGAAAGCGGUGCCGAAGCCUCGCCUGGCGUUGAACUGUGUGGGCGGCAAAAACGCCACCGACUGUUUGCGUGUCUUGGACUCCAAGGGAGCGAUGGUUACCUACGGAGGAAUGUCUAAACAGCCACUCAUUAUACCCACCGGUUCUCUCAUAUUUAAAGACCAGCGCUUUUUCGGCUAUUGGAUGACUCGUUGGUAUGCAGACAACGCC